AUGUUUAAUCCAAAUCGAGGAAUAACAAUAACUUUAUGGAUCAUUACUCUGUUUAAAAUUGGUUUGCUACAAAAUUUACAAACAAUCAAUAUACGUGAGUAAAUAAAAUUUAUUUUUUUUUUUUUUUUAUUGUAUUAACAUUUGUGACGAUUUACUAUAAUACCUCCACUGUCUCUCUCUCACUCUCUCUCUAUACAUAUACAUUAUAUUAUUUAUCUGUCUUAAAUCCAACAUUUAGUGUUUAUCAACGACAAAUCGAAUUCAGCGGCCGAAGAAACUUUGAACGUAACGUUAAAUUAUAUACGAAGAAAUCCAAGGGUCGGAUUAAUGAUCGAUGGUUUAUAUUCUGUACAUAUUAGCGGAGACGACGCUUCAGCAAUUUUAGAUAAACGUACGAUAAUAGAUUAUCAUACUAAUAACAUUAUUAGUGCACCCUCAAAUUAUCUGUUUAUCAAAAUAUCCCACAUUCAAAAUAACCCCUUCAAAAAUCCCUGUUGAAAAUAUCCCACGACAUUCCUAAUAUAAAUCAGUCGAACUUGUCACGCGAAUUCAUAAUUUUAACCAUAUUUUAUCUGAAGUCCAUUAAUUAGGAUUUUCCUCCAAAUUUAAUUUUUAAAAUAAAAAAAACUCCUGAAAACUACUAUUAGCUACAUUUUUAAACACUUUUAGAAAUGCAAGUAUAUUAUUAUAAAUAUAUUACUUAUGUCAUGUUUUGAAUGAGGAUAUUUUUUAAAUAAGAAACAUUUCCAACAGGGAUAUUUUGAAUGUAAAAUAUUUUGAUACACGAUAUAAUAUUUUGAGGGGAUCUAUGAUAAUUCAAACUAUAAUCAUUAAUUGUAUGAUCUAUGUUAGAGUAUAUCAUGUUUAUAAAAAUCUAGUAAAAAAGUUAUAAAUAUUUUUUUUUAGUAACAUUAUAAUAUUAUUAAACAAUAGUCAUAACAUAUUUUUAACUCGUAGAAAUAAUAUGAUUUUAAAUUUGUACAUGUAUAGUUUGUGUAAGUUAUAAUGAAUCGAUACGAAAUAACAAACCACCGCAUUUGGUAAUCGAUACAACGAUUAACGGAGUUUCAUCUGAAGCUGUAAAAUCGUUUACCGCUGCUUUAGCGUUGCCUACAGUCAGUGCAUCAUAUGGACAAGACGGUGAUAUUAGGUAAACUAUAUAUGAGUAAUUUACAAAACAUACAUCUUUGGUCCCAGGGAUGAAAAGCUUAAGUCAAUGUUGUACCUAUGGUUUUCAAUAAAAUUAAAUUAAAAUUAAAUGUUGAUACAUAGGUACACUUUGACAUCACUAAUACACUAGUAUAUUAAUGUACAAUGAUUUUGGAAAUAUACACAUGUAUUCCGUACAAACCAAAAAAAGUGAAAUAUGACAAGAUAAAAUUAUAAAAAAAUUACAAAAAUUGACUUAAUCCUGGCCAAUGAUAUACUAAAUUGAAAAAAUAAUGAUCGAUUGAGAUAAUUUUUAAAUAAUAAAAUAAUAAAGUAAAAAUAAAAUGAUUAACUGGUUAAUACUAAUAAACACAAAUUUAAAUAAAUAAAUGUAAUUUUGGCGUUGUGAUUUUACCCGACGACAUAUUUUUAAUUCAAAACCACUCGUACAAUACACAUAUCAUAAUACUUCAGGCGACGCAUUCAUUUAUUUAUUUAUGUAAAUAAUUUAUAAACAAUAUUUCAUUGCACUAUAUAUACUUAAAUUCACUACUUACACAAGUUAUUUGUAAGCCAUAGAUAUGUAUACAUGAUGGAAUCUACAACAAUAAUAAAAUAAUUUUUUUUACAGUUUAAUAUUAAUUACUAAACUAAAGAACAACACGGUUAUUAAUAAAUAAAUAAAUAAAUACGUCGCUUAAAGUAUUUGUAUUAACCAUUUAAUAAUUUUGUUUUUACUUUAUUAAUACGGUUAUUGUUUGUGUUAUUAUUAUAUCUUGUUAAAGCGAAAGUUAUCUAUUAAUAAUAAAAACGGAGAGCUGAUACUGGGAAUGAGUAUUAGAUAUGUUACUGUUGUAAAAGGCAAGUUGGGGAAACAGUGUACAUAAAGUUAUUUAAUUUAUAUCUGUACACAAAGAUAAACCAUUGCUAAUGAAAAACGAUUCUGAGGGAAGUUUGGUUACCCAUGUUUUAAAAUGCCGUGAUAUUUAUGAUUUUCGUCAAAAUAUAAACUUAAAAUGCUUAUAAAAAAAAUUACCUUAGUGCACUCCAAUUUUUUGUAUUCAACCACUAUGUACAAUUUGUAAUGAACUUCCUAUUAACUUUUAAGCAUUUUUGUUCAGUCAAAUAAUUGUAUCUAUAGAUAAUAUCUACCAAAUAAAAACUAAAAAGACUGGAUAAUAUCGAUUGCCUAUAUAUAUCACAAAAAACGUCAGAACGUUUUGAAAAUGUCGAGACGUCUAGAAAAAGCUAGUACAAUAAAUAAUAAUGUAUAAAUAUUAAGUAUUCUAUGAAAAAAUGUUGUAUGAUUGUUUUUAAUCGUUUUAUAACAAAAACAAAAUCGAAAUUAGUGAAACCGUUAAUGUUGUAAACUUUCCCAUGUUCAUAAUGUUUCCCACCCCCAAUUGUUAUAAAAAGCACUUGGAAAAUCAAUAAAUAAUCUUCUUAUACUACCAACUAGAUCCAGUACUCAACAAAAAAAUUUAUCUUAUCUUUUUUUUCAUUGGAGCAAGAUUUUUAGAAGAAAAUGUGUUUAUAGACAAAAAAAAAAAAUACACACCAUAUUAAAACCAAUACAUUCCUCACUGCGUUAAAAAUUUAAAAAAAAUUGCACACAUCGUAGUAAAACCAAUACAUUUGCUACGGUCAGAAUACAAAAUAAUAAUUAUAACAAUAAUAAUAAUAAAUUGUAUUUUUAUAGACAAUGGAGAAAUUUAGACGGAGAACAACAAAAAUAUCUUAUACAAAUAAGUCCACCCGCUGACAUAAUACCGGAAAUAGUGAGGAGUAUUGUGGUAGCACAGAAUAUAACUAAUGCAGGCAUUAUGUUUGACGAUACAUUCGGUAAGAAGGUUAACAAUUAUUAUAAAAUGUUAAAUAAUUAUUAAAGUAUUAUUAUAUUUAAAUACAAUGAAAAUCACUUAUUUAUUUAUAACGUUAAAAUCGUUGAAACUCAAACUAUACUACCUACUUUUAUUUCAUUCAUUGAAAUGUUUUUAAUAGUUAAUGCGUAAAAUAAAAAUAAAACAUGUUUUAUUGGGGAUGGGUGUGCUAUUGCUAUAAGUAGGAAUGGGAAAUUUAGGAUAUAUAAAGCUAUUUAGUUUGUAUCGGUAAGUAAAAAUACACAAUUUUUACUAAAAAUAACUCUGAGCAAAGUUUGGUUAAGUUUUUAAAUGCCAUAGUAUUUACUAGUUUUGUAAAAAUAUAAUCUCAAAAUGCUUAAAAAAAAAAAUAAACUAUUACAUUACUCUCAAUUUGUUUUACCACUAAGUAGAGCUUAUAAUAAACUUAGUGUUAAAUUUGCAAGUAUUUUAUGUUUGGUCAAACAAUGUUAUUGUUAAAACAUUGUUAACAUUAUUAACAAUGUUAUGUAUCUAUCAAAGAACAACAAAAUGCCUAUGAAUAGCUGAGAAAUCACCAGAAUAUUUUGAAAAUUGUAUGACGUCAAUCAAAAAAAGACAAACAUAAAUGUUUGCCAACAUUUUAAGUCUCUGCAAAUAUUUAUAAUUGAAUUACAACAAAAACAAAAUCAAAAACAAUGAAACCAUUAUUUCCGUAAACUAUCCCGAUCUUUCUACGUUUUUUUCAAUAGUCUUGCUCAAUUAUUAAAAAAACUACACAAAACAUAAAAAAAAAAAAAAAAAAACGAUUUUCUUAUCCACAAAAAAACGUUUGGCAUUUUUCGAUUAGUGCAAAAUAUUUUUCUGGUAGAAAAUUUGUUUACUGACAAAAAAAAGUUUAUGUGAAUUAAUAAUAUAAAUAUUUAUAUUUUUCAGUCAUGGACCACAAAUAUAAAUCACUGCUACAAAAUAUUCCGACUAGGCAUAUUAUAGCGUAUAUAGACGAUUCAGCAAGUAUAAAACUUCACUUGACUAGAUUUCGAGACGUAGACAUAGUUAAUUUUUUUGUUUUGGCUAAGUUAACAACUAUUAAAUCUGUGUUAGAUCACGCUAAUUCCAACAAAUUAUUCGGCCGAAAAUACGCAUGGCAUGUAAUAACACAGGUAUAUAUUAAAAUUAAAAAAUAUAUCACAAUAAUUUUAAAUUUAAAUUUUUAAAUUAACAAACCACAACAUCAACUGACAAUUAAUUAUUCUACACGUCUAUACACUAAUUGGAAACACAAAUAUUUAUUUUAUAUUUUUAGGAUAAAGGAUCACUUAAAUGCGGCUGUUCUAAUGCUACUAUUUUAUUCGUGAAACCGGAACCGGAUGCUGGAAGUCGCGAAAAAUUAUCGAACCUACGAACAAUGUACGGUUUAAUGUCAAAUCCAGAACUCCACGCAGCAUUUUAUUUUGAUUUUUACUAUCGAUCCUUAUUAGCAGUCAGGUAAGGUAAUAUUUUAAAAUGCAUACUAUAGGUAAUUAAAAUACACUUCAUAAAAACAAUGAAAAUCGAUAAUUUAAUAUAAUUCAUAAUUUACAAACAAUUUCCAUUUUUUAUAUUAAAUUAAACAGAUCUCUAAUGAAUAGUGGUGAAUGGCCAGUUAAUAUGACCUACACCACAUGCGAUGAUUAUAACGAGGAAACUCCACUUCCCAGAAGAAAUGUAGAUUUAAGAAGAUAUUUAAAAGAUGUAAUUAAAAUUAUUUCAAAAUCAUACAUGUAUCUUCUUUGUGUAUUUCUAAAUUAUUUAUUUUUACUAACCAGAUGACGGAACCGCCAUCAUACGCACCAUUUUUAAUCGAGACGAAUGGUCACAGUUAUGAAGAAUUUACUAUGCGGCUGGAAAAAGUUACAGUAAUCAAUAGUCAAUCGGUUAGUGCUGAAAAUAUUGGAUCGUGGAAAGCAAGUUUAAAUUCUCCAAUCGCCGUUAAAGAUGCAGCAAACAUGACACAUUUUUCAGCAGUUACUGUAUACAGAGUAGUAACUGUAUUGGUAAAUAUUGUAUUGUUGUGGUUAGGAAAACUCUAUACAUUUUGUGAGCCAACUCGAUGAAAUUACUCCUUAAGAAAGUAUUGGGAGUAUUGGGAGUAUUGGGAGCAGUAUAAGAUGUUUCUUUUGUAUAGUGUUGUAAAAUUAUAAAUAUCAUAAUAUUAUUAGUAAGUAUCUACCUAUUAUUUCAAAAAAUUGUUGACAAUUUUAGUUCAUAUCCAUAACGCAUCAAUAUUAUUCAUUCAGGCGUUAAAAUAAUCAAUCGUAAUUUAUACUUUUUAUCAAUAUUUAUGCUAUUAAAGUACCCUAUAUUUCAAGUUUAUCUCAAAAAGAAAAAGUUUUGCAUUAGGCAUUAUGAAAUUAAACUGUCAAUGUAAAUUAUUAGAAUAGAAUCCAAAAUCGAUUUUUAUUCACAUAAAAUAGAAACUAACGACAUAACUAUAAUAUCUGUUUUCAAAAUGGAAACGUAUAUGACAUAGAAUUUAUAAUUUUCCUUUAGGUAGAUACUUAUUUAAAGAUAAAACGCAUACAAAAAUGUUUCAUUUUCAACCGUUAUACAGUAUUAUUAUUUUAAAUGAAUAAUAAAAAUUCUAUUUUAAACUAAAAUAAAAAAAAGUUUUAUUGUGAAAGCCGAAAGUCAACCGGAAAACAACGAAAAUAAUUUAUUCAAUCUAAGUUUCUUCAAAAAAAAAUGAGUGUUACUCAAGUCACUAUUAUAAUAAAAAUAAAUUUCACAAAAUAAUAAUAAUUUACAUUUUAUAAAUGUUUCAGCAAAAUCCAUUUAUGAUACAAGUUCGUGAUGAUGAUGAAAAAAAUGUAAAAUUUAAAGGUUAUUGUAUUGAUUUAAUUGAAGAAAUUAGAAAAUUAAUUGGGUUUGAGUAUGAAAUUUAUAUAGCUCCUGACAACAAUUUUGGUAAAAUUAAAGUGAUUAAAAUCAUAAUGGCAAAUGUACAUUUAAUAUGUGCUUAAAUUAUUUUUCAGGUAAUAUGGAUGAAAAUGGUCAAUGGAAUGGAAUGGUAAAAGAACUUGUUGAAAAGGUAAUAUACGUAUACUGCAUUAUAAUAAAUACCAAAUUAUUUCUUUAUUUAUUUUGAAUAACAAUGGAAACAAAUGUUUUUCAGAGAGCCGAUAUUGCGUUGGGUUCUCUCUCUGUAAUGGCUGAGAGAGAAAAUGUUGUGGAUUUUACGGUUCCUUAUUAUGAUUUAGUUGGAAUAACGAUUUUAAUGAAAAAACCUCAAACGCCAACUUCGUUGUUUAAAUUUCUUACAGUUUUAGAAAACGACGUAUGGAUGUGUAUACUUGGAGCUUAUUUUUUCACUAGGUAAACCGCACACAUACCUGUUUAUUUUCUAUAUAUUAUACAAAGUAAUGUAUAUUAUAAAUAAAUUUACAUAAAAUACUCAUUUUUAAAAAAAAUAUUAUAAAAUAGAUGUACCUAUAAAUAUUUUUGUUUCAAUUUUAACUGUUGUCAUUAAAAUGUUUGCCUUGUAUACGAUUAGCUUAUUAAUGUGGGUAUUUGACCGCUGGAGUCCAUAUAGUUAUCAAAAUAAUAGAAAUAAAUAUAAAGACGAUGAAGAAAAACGAGAAUUUAACUUAAAAGAAUGUUUGUGGUUUUGUAUGACUUCUCUGACUCCACAGGUAAUAGUUAAAAUAUUUAAGGUAAAAUUAAAUGAAUUUAAAAACCUAUACUAUCUAAAAUGUGUUUUUUUGAAAUAUCUAUUAAUGUGGUACUCAUAACUUUUAUGCAAAUAUAAUAAUUUAUUCAUUCAGAAUAAUAUUUUUACAUGAAAGUCAUGACGUUCGAAAUCAAACAACUAUUAAGAAGAAGAAAAUAAUGUGCCAUUAUUAUUACUAAAGUUUUUUUUUUUUUUGUACUUUCAUAGGGUGGAGGAGAGGCUCCUAAAAACCUAUCUGGUAGACUAGUUGCUGCUACAUGGUGGCUCUUUGGUUUUAUAAUUAUAGCAUCCUAUACAGCUAAUUUAGCAGCUUUUCUAACAGUCUCUCGGUUGGAUACCCCCGUUGAAUCAUUAGAUGACUUAUCAAAACAAUACAAAAUACAGUAUGCUCCACUGAAUGGUUCAUCAGCAAUGACAUAUUUUCAAAGAAUGGCUGACAUUGAAACACGAUUUUAUGAGUUGAGUAUAAUUUAUAAUAAGUUUAUAUUAUAUAAUUAACAAUAUCGGUUUAAAUUUUAUUUUUGUUUAUACUUAAGUUUUUCUAAAAAUAAUUAUAACAUGAAAUACAUUUUUAGUUUACCUAUUUGAGUUACUUAUUAAUAUUAAAUCGAUACAAUUUUAUGAAUAAUUCAGUAAAUCUAAAAUUAUUAUAGAAUAUAUUUAUUAUUUUAUGGGUGGCUGAUUUGUUUAUUACCUAAUAUUUUAAAAGGUUACCUAGGUGUAACGUCUCAAAAUAAAAAAAAAAACAAAUAAAUACAAUAUCAGUAUACCAACUAUAGGAGAACCGUUUAAAAAAAAAAUUAAAGGAAUAGGGAUUUAAAAAGGAGAUAAAAUUAUAUAAGGGGAAAAAAUAUUAUGUGAGACAAAAAACAAGGAGAGACAUUUUAUUUAAAUAAUAACAAAAAAUAUAUUAUGAUGAAUAUAGAGUAAUUUAAGAACAAAUGAGAUAAUAGGUAAUUUAUAAUAACCUAUUUUAAGACCGAAAUGAUGAUUAUAAUUAAUAAAGUUUUUAGGGAGUCCAAGUUUACGAGAGGGAUUUAAUGUUGAAGCAAAUACAAUUUGUUGAGUCUUGGAAUCAGAUAGAUUAUAAAUACUAUAAUAUGUCUAUUUAUCUAAACAUUAAUAUUAACAUACAUUUUAAAACGUGCCUACAGAUUACAUUAUUAGUCUAUCCUACUCUACGUUUAAAUCGAAUAUUAUUUAACAAAAAUUAUUCAUAAUUGUGUAGAAUUUGGAAAGAUAUGAGUUUAAACGACAGUCUCAGUGAAGUAGAAAGAGCGAAAUUAGCGGUUUGGGACUAUCCAGUUAGUGACAAGUACACAAAAAUGUGGCAAGCAAUGAAAGAAGCUAAACUACCAAACACUUUAGAAGAAGCUAUUGAAAGAGUUAAAAGUUCUAAAUCAUCUAGCGAGGGAUUUGCUUACUUAGGUGCCUAUUUAAUUAAUUGCACACAUAUUAAUAAUUCUAAUAAUACACUCGGUGUGUUUCUUUGGUAGGUGAUGCUACCGACAUUAGAUACCAAGUAAUGAUCGAUUGUGAUUUACAAAUGGUAGGCGACGAAUUCUCUAGAAAACCAUAUGCCGUUGCUGUUCAACAAGGUUCCCCGUUGAAAGAUCAAUUCAACAACGCAAUUUUAUUACUACUAAAUAAACGAAAAUUAGAAAAAUUAAAAGAAACAUGGUGGAAUAUGAACCCUGAAAAAAUACAAUGUGAGAAACAAGACAAUCAAUCCGAUGGUAUAAGCAUCCAUAACAUAGGUAGGUAUCUAGUAUACAUUUUACUUGUUCAAAAAUCCAAUUUAUUAUUUCAAUUUUAUUAGAGUAAUAAUAAUAAUAAUAAUUUAUUCAAAAGAAAAAUAAAACAGGCAAAAAUCCAAUAAUACAGAUGAGAAAACAUAGAGAUUAUAACUAAAAUAAACUAGAACUAAACUAAAAUAAAAUAUAGUAGUGUUGUAUUACCUAGUAUAUCACAUAUAAAUAGUUAAACACGAGUUUAAAAUUACCUCUAAAGGUGAAAAGAAAAAAUAGGAUGUGCAAUCUGUAUCCCAAUCUAACCUAACUAAUUUUGUUAAAAAAGAAAUUAAAUUAUCUGGUAAUAAUAAUAGGUAUUUACUAAAACGGUUUUAGAAAAUAAAUAAAUGGAAAUCUAAAUUUAGGAAUUCGAAAUAUUACUAUAAUAAUAAUUUAGAGUUUCAACAAUUUAUUUUCCAUGCAAACAUUUGAUAUGCAAUCAUUUUAAGUAUAAUUAGUGUCCCAUGUUAAAAUAAUUCACAAUAUUUAUUAUCAAAAAAUAUUUUCUGUACAUUUAUUUUCCUUAAAAUUAUAUACAGUUUAUUAUUAUUUUCCGGUUAUUUAUUUUCAAGAUUUUCGUUUUCUAUUAAAUUAUUUAUCGUGCUAAUAAAUAUGUUUAUCUUUACAGUCAAUGCGGACGUUUUCGUAACUCGGGGAACCCAACAUAUAUAUAUCAGAUUAGUUAAUAGAACUAUUUCCUUAGGAACAUAUUUCAGAUCACGGAUAACAAUAAAUCGAUCAGCUGAUCGAGUGUCUAUUCUAUAUGAAUAUAUUAUUCGUUGCUACGUGUCGACAUAUUGGGUACCCGGACAAUUAAUUACAUUUGUGCUUAACUAAGUCGUAGUUCAUCACAAUAAAAAUGAUUGGUAUAAUAACAUUGAUACUCGUCCGAUUUGAACUAUAUAUCACAGAGCGCCCAACAAAAUAUAAUAUUAUAUUGUAAUGCUAAUAUACAUUAUUGCAUUAUAUUUAUUAUAACAAAUAACAAAAAUAUAUUCUAAGUUAUAUUUUUAUUUUUUUAUUAUUAUUAUCUUAUGGUGUGCUCGAGCAUGCGUGUAAUUAUUUGACCAAGAUUUGUCGUGUUUUAAUUGUAUUAUUAUAUGAGACAAAUUAGCAAAACACUUCGCGCGCUUAAACCCAGGACCUGGUAAGCCAACUAACAUACGAUGCCACACAACCACAGAAUGUAUACCACGGUCAGGUCCGAGAUAAAUCGGAUAAUAUAUAGGAUAGUCUGGUAUUAUAUACCUACGGCUAUCGUCUCUUCGUCAGUGGUACGGAAUAACGGACACGAACGCCACCAUCUAUAUACAUAAUACAUAUUAUAUAAGCGUGAAUUUUUAAACCGCAAACUAUAACAUACUAUGUUUUAAACCGUAAUUUAACAUAUUUACAUUUUUACGAUUAUUGAAACCAUGUAAAUAAAAUGUUCGUUUUGCGGUGGCCCACUAAAAACACACCCUAUACAAACAUUGUCCGAAAAUAUCGGGGGGAGAAGGCGUGACCUCUCUCGGCUCCCACUGCGGGCACCUUUCAUCAAAACUCUAGGUUUAUUCAAAACACUAUUUUCCCCUCUGAAUUGUUACAAAAAAACAAACUUAAUUUGAAGAGGUUACUUUUUGAUUUUCUUCUUACUGUUUGUGAUAGUAGAGGAAAACUUUCUUUUUAACAAUAGCAAAAUUAUUAUUUUUAAAUAUUAAAACACACAAAUUUGAGCCCUGAGGGUUUCGGGGACUUAGAACUUUUUUUAGUCCUUUCUAAGCACAAACAAUUUUCCAAACAUUGCCGAUUUUUUUAGAUAUAAUUAUUAAUUACAGACAUUCGAAAUUUUCGAGUUUUUCAGUUUUUAAUAUUCUUGAUGUGGAUAAAACUGUAUUGGCCGAGAAAAAAAUGAUUGAAAAUUGUACACGAGAAUUAUUAUAUGAUUUAUAUAUUAGUUAAAAAAAAAGAUUCCAUUUUUCUUUUAACAUGAAAAUCUAAGGGUUCCGGGAAACCCGUGCACUUUAAAACAAAUUAAAAUGUUAUAUUAAAAUUAUUUUUUUUUUAGAUUUAGUACGAAAUUUAUUAUGUGCUUAUGUUUUUUAGAUUCUGUCAUUCUAGGGGAAGCAAGAAAUAUAUUGGUUUUACUAUGAUGUUUGUUUUUGUUUUUUAAUUUUUUAGAUUCUAAGUGGAUCUGAUACUAUGUUGUUUUUAUUUUACGCCUGUGAACAUGUUUUAUACUAGACUGAACAAUGUGGACAUUCUGCACCGGUUUUCGAAUAUAGCAACUUUUCUGAAAUAAUUUUUAAAUUUGAAUUUAAUUGGUGCAUUAAGGAUAUAAUUUUUUUUUUGUAGUUUUUUAAAAUUUAGGAAAAAUAUACGAACAAAAUGGAAAACGAACUCUACUUUUAUUGCUAUCCUAUACAAAUUUAACUAUAGGAAAUAGUAUGAUAUUUCUACAGACAAUUUAACGGCUUUUAAAUUUUGUUCCAUUCGUUUUGAUUGUAAGUUCAAAAGUUAAGGCUUUAUUAGUAAAAACAAGAAAAUGGUCUCAAUUUUAUUAAACUGGACAACACAUCAAUGCAGCUAUUUUAUUUUUGCAGUUCCGAUAUUAUAUUUGUGCAACAAACUAAUAAAUUAACCCAAAAAUAACUUUUGCGAUAACGAUUGGGCACGCGGCGGUACCUACCUAACCUGCUUAAAUGGCGGUUAGGUAAACCAAACCCUUAUGCAGUACCUAUUGUUUUCAUAAAAACCAAUAGAGUAUACGCUACCUUUAUGAAUAUAAACUACACAUUUUGUAACUUUAUAAGCACAAAAUUGUUAAUCAGAUUCAACUAUACAAAAAGCCGGUCGCUUUUCUCGUAAAAAAAAAAAAUUAAUAAUUUUUAAAAACGCUUACAUAAUACAUUCACAAAUUCGAAAAUAUCACAAAAAUACUUGUUUCUUAACCAAUUUUGUACAUUUUUAUUUACGUAGGUACCUAAGUAUUAAAAACUAUUUCAUGGGUUAGAUUUACUAUCAAAUUGUAGCUUGUAAAAUGAUUAACUCACACCAACGUCCAGCAAAAAAAAAUAACAUAAUAAGAUAAUAAAUCUAUUACUGAGUAUAAAAAUCUAAUUAUAUCACACUAAUACGUGGUAAUAACCAAUCUUAAUUAUUUGUUACACAGUUUUAACAUAGCUAUAGCAUAAGUCUAUAGCUGAUAAUAAUCGAUCUAAUAAAUAAUUAUACAGAAUAUUUGUAAAUUAUUUGUAAAUCGAAUGCCUUAUACUGGCUAUGUGUACAUUUUUGUUUAAAUUUUAAGGUACACGUACGUAUUUUUACUGUUUUUUUAUAAGGUACACGGUAAUUCACCAAAUGGUAAAUGAGUAUGCAUCGUAUACUCCCGUAUACUCUUUAAAAUACCACUAAUUUUAGAUACCUGUCAUAUAAAUUGCGUAAUUUUUUUUCUAAGAAUCAACUACUCUCCUCACCUCUUACUUUCCGAGAUAAUGAUUUUAUUAUGGAUAAUUUAUUACCCAGAGUUAUGUAGGAUUGUAUAACGUUAAUUUAUGACAAUUUAAAUGAUAUAAUAGUAUUAAUUGAUGAAAAAACAAAGUUAAUUCAUAAACCUUGAUUUUUUUUUUUUUUUUAGGUGGAGUUUUUAUUGUUAUAUUUGUCGGAAUCGGAUUAGCUUGUUGCACAUUAGCAUUUGAAUAUUGGUGGUAUAAAUACAAAAAAAGCUCGAAAGUCGCAAAUGUAAUGAAUCCAAAAAAAAUGACAAUAGGUAGAGGUGAAUUUACGUAUCCGGUUAUACGUAAUUUUAAUGAAUCUUCGGAAGUAAGAUCAAGAAGUAUUAUUCAAGGUUUCAGGUGAAUGCAAAAUAUGAAUGUAAAAAACACAUUUAAAUAGGUACCUUAAUAAUUAUUUUAUUUUAAAAAAAAAAAACAUAUUUCGCAGACGAUCUGUUGGUCAAUCUUCAGCUCAACAAUAAUAACAAUAACGGAAUCGGUUCAUAUUACUUUUAUUGUACCUAUUUAAGAAAACCAAACUCAUAGCGCCUACCAUUAUAAUAAUCAUUUACUGUGUAC